UACAGUCUGUUACUGUAAUAAAUCACAUCACUUUUUUCUUCGGCAGGGGCUUUUUAUGCUUUGAAAGCGGUUAUAGACCAUCCUAAGGCGUUGCAGAUAGAAUAUGUAAUGGCCCAUGAUGCUGCUGUUUCUGCUCUAGGAAAAUUUUUGCAGUUCCAUCGUGAAAAACUCAAUGCGGCACAGUUUUUAAAGACAUGGUUAAGACAUUUGCCGCUGGAAAAUAAUCUAAACGAGGCCAAAGUUGCGCAUCAUCAGCUUUGUUCACUAGUUGAAGUGUCAGAUGUGGAACUUCUUGGUCCCAAAAAGAAAAAUCUUCACAAGAUUGUUACUGUUUAUGCCGAGAUCCUGUGGGCAGGUAAGAAGUUAGCAACUGAGGAAACUGUAAGCCAAAUGAUCAAGCAAUUGGAACUUUACAGGAGAAGGUCAAUCCCCUCUACCUGGAGAUCCUUCAUGUUAUCCAUGGAAAACCAUCUGCGAAGGAAGUUGGAAUCAAAAUUAUCAUCCUAGAUUGUUAUUUCUAGUCGUCAAUGUUGUCUGUCCCACUUCGAAACCUUGGUGCUAAUCAGCAAGUCUUCUCAUUGCAGAAUGUAUAUGAACUAUUCUUAUGUGCAUUCACCCUUUUUGCCCUAACAGUUCCUGGAAUGCAUAAAUCAAAGGAAUAAAUUGCUUAUUCAAUCACUUCUAAUCUAAAAGAGGUACUCAUUCUGAUAAUGAACAUCUGCCAGAAAGAAAGAAACACGUGUCUUUGUCCAUUGCUCUUAUAACACCCAUCGCGCCUAUGUCAGAAAAGAAGCUCGAGGGCCACAUGACACAGAGUUGCCACCAUCCAAGGGCUAAAGUACCACGACUUUGUAAUUUGACCACCUCAUUAACGCAAAUGCUUUAAUCUAAUCCCUGAAUAAAUGGACACCAAAUACAUACAUUUGAGACCCUCACUCUUCUUCUAAGUGAUGAUCAGCAUGGAUUUUGGCAAGAAACCUCCUUCGAGGAUGAAAAAACUGAAAUCUGCAAUUCUUGAUUGCCUUUAUACACAAGGCCAGAAAGGUUUUUGCCUAAAAUUCACGAUUUUGUAGCCAAGCUUGUCAAAAAGUAGUAAUUGAUCGAAAUGAAUGGCCUGAGCCUACUGAGUUUCUUUAGGAAUCUUUGAAUUCUAGAUCCGAGGGGAAACUAAAGUGUGCACUUCAUUUGCUUUGUAAGUUGAUGCCACAAUGCCAUAAUAGGUUGUUGAAUAUAUUUGAUUCUAAAAUGAGUUUGGAGGCAUAUGCUCAGGCAGUUCAUAACUCAA